AUGCGCCCGCCGAGCUCGCCACCCUUCGAAUACUACCCGAGCAACUUGGGGGCGUCAGCUUUGGUUUUUGUCAUCGACAGCGGCAUCAAGUCCGAGCAUGAGGCGUUUGGAGCAAUUUCAGGCACCCUGCAAGAAGGUUCAAGCAGGGUGCUGGCAAGGUAUGAGACACUUUUUAAACCACCCGGGAUCGACAACAUACAUGGCACUCACUGUGCCGGGACUAUUGCAGGCUUGAACUACGGAGUUGCAAAGGGCACUUUCCUCAUGGACGUCCAAGCCUUUGGGGCGGCUGAUAGCACGCCUUUCGCAGCGAUCCUGGAUGGCAUGGAGUAUGUCUUGCGUACUUGUGAUGCUACAGGUUCCAACACAGGGGAGGACGGGGUGCGCCGACGCUGCGUGGUGAGCAUGUCACUGGGCGGUGGCAGCAGCGCGAGUAUCGACCAAGCUGUGGCCAGCCUUGUGGCACAAAACAUCGUGGUGGUGACGGCCGCCGGCAACGAGAACCAGAAUGCAGCAGGCAGGUCACCCGGAGGAGCGCCAGACGCCAUCAACGUGGGCUCCAUGGGCGUGUCGUCCUCCACGGACUAUGUGGCCUCCUAUUCCAACUGGGGUCCGGCUGUGGAUAUCUUUGCACCCGGGGAGAGCAUUCUAUCAGCGAACGGUGACACGACGAACGGCUACAUCCGGCUCAGCGGCACGUCGAUGGCCUGUCCUCAUGACUCCAGCAUCCCGGCCCAGGACAUGAAGACGACCCUCCUGCGCUUGGCCAAAGAAAGGAUCACGGUUCCCGCCUCUCAAAGCUCCUUCGAGUGCACUUUCGCCGUGCUCCAGGCACCCAAGGCCGACAGGUCUUUCCUGGACGGCGAGACGGGGCAAACUUGUGCAGAUGACUUCAGCGUUCCGGUGGACUUGGUGACCCCUCCACUGGCUUCUCCGUGCGGUUGCGAGACGUUUGCCGUUUGUGAGGCAGAGACUUUCAUUUUGGGAGCUCAAUCGGCUGCGCCUGCUGCGCCUAUGCCAAAGAGCCCGGGGGCUUCGAAGAUUUCGAGGCCCCCCGCAGCUCCCAUGGUCCAGGACCUUGUCAAGCUCAACUCGGCCGGGGCCGAGAAGAAGUUCGACUUCCACUUGAAACCCAUCGCCAGCAGGCUGCUGGAGGGGCUGGAGGAGCUGAUUCAGCAGGCUUCGCCAGGCGGUUUGGAAGGGCGCCUGGGUGAGAAGGCGAAGGACUUGGGCAUCCGAGGCACCUUGGACUAUGGCAUGGUCAUGGCCCAGGAGCUUGGGGCUUACGUGCAGACUCUCUACUCCAUGGCCAGUGAAGCAAGCAAAGCAAGCAAAAAGGAGGCCACGGAGGUCAUGAAGACGGUA